AUGGUUUUCAACAUCGUGCUUCCACUUCGCGGCGCCCAGCUCCUUUUCGGCGUAAUUGUCUUGGGACUGUCUGGAUAUGUUGCCAACUGGUACAAUGUUGACACUUUGACAUCGUCCCCUUCUGAGGUCAACUUCUUGAUCUUCGUCCCCUUGUGGUCCUUCAUUACCAUUGGAUAUAUCGAGGGUAUUUCAAGAUUUGUACCGAAGUUCUACUUCCCCAUCGCUGCCGUCGUCCUCGAGGUUAGCAACAUCAUGUUCUACUUCGGCGGCUUCGUCGCCCUGGCCGUCUUCCUCAGCAGACUGCUCUUCUGCCGGGGCAUGGUCUGCGCCGCCGCCCGCGCCGACACCGCGUUCGCCUCUUUCGGGUUCGUCAUGUGGGCCGCGACCGCGGCCUUCACGAUCAGGGACUUCGCCAAGACCGGCCUGGUCCGCCGCAGGUCGCCCGCCGGCCUCUCGGGCCCGGCCAUGAAGGAGGCUGCGAUGGCCGCAUAG